GUUCACGAACGAGCUCACACCGGGGAGAAGCCAUUCAAAUGUUCAUUUGAAGAUUGUGACAAAGCGUUUGCCACUGGAUAUGGUCUCAAGAGCCAUACGCGAACCCAUACUGGAGAAAAACCUUACAAGUGCGUGCAUGACGAUUGCCAUAAAGCCUUCAAAACAUCCGGGGACUUACAGAAACACAUUAGAACACACACAGGUGAACGCCCAUUCAAGUGUCCGUACGAAGGGUGUGGUCGUGCCUUUACAACGUCUAACAUACGCAAGGUCCAUAUACGUACCCAUACUGGGGAACGUCCCUAUAUCUGUGAGGCGAUGGGUUGUGGACGAGCAUUUGCCAGCGCUACCAACUUUAAGAAUCAUUCUCGCAUACAUACAGGUGAACGUCCAUAUAUCUGUCAAGUACAUGGCUGUAACAAGAGAUUCACUGAGUAUUCCAGUCUAUACAAGCACCACGUGGUCCACACCCACAACAAACCGUACACAUGUAAUAUAUGUAAUAAGACUUAUAGGCAAACAUCUACACUGGCCAACCAUAAACGUACUGCUCACGGAGAAAUAGAUG